GAACAAGACUACACAUGACAUGACAAUAACAUGUAAUUUUAUUGAUUAUAACAUUGCUCAUAGACUGAAACCGAUUGUUAGGUGUGGUUACAUUGUAAACUUAAAAUUUGAACAAACAAACAUAGUCAUGCAAUGUACAUAUCCAAAAGAAUUACAUCACUGAUUUUGGCCCUUCGUUAUGGGGACCGGUAAAGUCGUUCCAUUUUUUUAAUUGGCGGUAAUUGGAAUAAAUAGCCAAAUGACUUAUUUUCAUUUUUUGAUUCAUUCUAACAUUAAGUCAAUGCUUCAUUAUUACUCGUUAUCGAAGGUGUCAAUAUCCUUUACAAAGGUGAACAUAUUGGAUGAAUUAUUGAUUAGUUCUUAGGGAAUAGCUAUGUACUGCCGGUCGGAUUUUCUCUGACACAUGCGCAGUUAGAUGUCAACUGUUAAAUGUCUUUCUACCAGUGAUCAAUACCUGCAUUCACAAAGUUACAUCAACCUUAUAUAAAAAGCAGACAGUGAUGAGGACAUUUUGAGGAGCCCGCUUCGCAAAAAUCCGCAGGUUAGGAGCGGUAUGACUGAGUUUGAUGAGAAGAAAUGUCAAUUCCUACUACCUUUUUCCUCACUUCAGCAAUAAUACUGAUCUCUUUUCCAUUGUAUACAGUUUCCCAGACUUGUUUCCCUCGAUGUCAGCCCACGGAGUACUGCGGAAACAGCACGGAGGGCGGGGGACCAGUCUGUCUGGCCUGUAAUGUAGCGUGUAACGGGUGCACAGGUCCCGGGCCUGACGCAUGCGUGAACUGUGCUGACCAGUUCUACAGAGUUGGCACAACAUGCCGGGGUUGCAACAUUGCGUGUGAUGGUUGCACAUCAGCAGGUCCCGAGAAUUGCAACACGUGCUCUGCAGGGUUUUACCCUGUGGGUGGCAUCUGUAGAGGCUGUGAAGAUGGGAAGUUCGGAGUAAACUGCACCGGAACUUGUCACUGUUUGAACGGAGCGGAUGACUGCAGAAAGACAGACGGGUUCUGCACGUCCUUCACCUGUGAAUGGGGCUGGUCCGGGGUACCUUAUUGUCAAACGCCUUGUGAACCCAACUUUUUCGGAAAGAACUGUGCUUUUGAAUGCCACUGUCCAGAUAAUGACACAUGUAGUAACAUCAACGGUCUGUGCUCCUCAGGAAACUGCCACGAAGAGUAUGGAGGGCCAGGAUGUCAAAGACUGCUGCCAAAACUGAAAGACCCGCCGCAAGUCAGUGACAACGUGUGUGGCAAUAUGACCGUGACCUUCCAAAAAUGGGUCAAGGACCUUGACAUAGGAGACGGUCCCAUAGGAGAAUACAGGUUGGAAGUACUUGAGCAAAACCCCUCAGCGUCCUGGAAUGUCGUCAAACGUUACAGUGUAGUGAACACGGACAGAGUCAUCGAAACGUUUACUGGCCUCGAUGUGGAUGCUCUCUACAGCUUCCGGGUGAGCGUCGUCAGGGCCGACGAGAGCGGGAAGCUAAUGACCGACUGGACCCCUGGGUUCCGUAGCCCAUUCUACCCCACCCAGUGUAUCGUGCCCACCACGACCACGCUGCGACCCCCCACACCAGCCCCCACCCCUCCUCCAGGAUCACUAUUCCAAAGUUUCUCGGUGAGCUAUGACGCCGUGAACAACGUACUUUCUGUGACGUGGGCAGGUAAAAACUUCGACAACCUUGGGAACGUGACCAUAACGUACGGAAUUAUCGGGAUCGGAGACUGCGGGGACCUCAAUCUGACCGUCGAGGGCACGAGGGUUGUCGAGAGGUCUGGGUCGCUCAGUGUGCAGGGAUUAAAGCCGUACAGACGGUACAAUGUCAAGGCCGUAAUCGAAGUGUUUAACCUAACCUCCACAGAGAACGAUCGCACCAUAUCUCAGAAUAUCACCACUCAGGAUGAAAGACCAAGAGGAAUUGUUCAAAACGUGGGUGUCAUUGGGUUUAACGCUACAAGCCUGACACUGGAGUGGGAACCCCCGCUUUGUGAGGACAGGGGAGGUAAUCUGUUGGAGUACCCUUACACCCUAAGUGGGACUGGGCUAAACGACAUUAACGGGACCGUUAAACGGGGCCGGGUGACGAUUAGCGGGUUAACCCCGUACAGUAGUUACCCGUUUGGUGUGUCCUACAGAAACAGCGUCGGAGACGGGCCCCAGACAUACCUCACGGUGCGCACAGACGAAGCAGAACCGGCUGCACCAGUAAUCAACACUAUCAGUCCGGGCGUGACAAGCAUUGAGGUGGGAUACACGGUGCCAAUUCCAAGUAAUGGGAUUAUCCGGGAAUACGAGGUGUCGUUUAGUAUCACCCCUGACUUCAAAGACUUCACCCACAAGUCAAGCGCAGAUAACUCUGUAACAGUGAGCUCACUGACGCCGUACACAAAUUACUACAUCAAGGUUCGAGCCAGGACCAAGCCCGGGCUGUGGGGAAACUUCAGUGAUGUGAAUCAGACCCAGACAAGACAGGCGAUUCCCGGUCCACCCUCCAACGUCACCGUGAUUCCACACAAUGAAACCUGUCUGAGGAUCUCAUGGGCCCCACCCGUCUUCCUGGGGGGAGUCAUCAAUAGUUACAGGAUCACAAGUUCAGCUACGGAUGGAACUUUGGUCAUAGAUUUCAAGACAAUUGUGAAACCCGAGAGCGAGGGCACAUCGCACGAUCAGUGCGCGCUCCUAGUGUACACCCAGUACAAAGUGGAAGUGUCCGCCAGCUCCAAUGAGGGCACUGGGGACCCAGCCAUAGCGUUUGCCAGAACCUACCAGGGCGACCCGGAAACACCGCCGGCUCCACAGUUGAAGAAUACAACAGAGUCGACCAUCACUAUUGAGAUCUAUCCUUUCAAAAUCGACACGGGGCCGCUGACGGCCUACCAGAUCUACGUCCAUGAGCUCCCUGCGUCAAGUCGACGUAGACGUCAGCAGGCCGCUGGUCCUCCCGGGGUCGUCGUGGCGAAGUUCGCCGACUCCGACAUCAAAACUAGUCGAAUUUUUGUUGUCGGCGACGGCAACGUAUAUGGCGGAAAGUCAAACCCUCCCCUGAAGAAGAACACAAAAUACGACAUUUAUUAUGAGAUAGUUAGCACUGUGGGGACAAAAACCAAGACCAACUAUUCCAAAAUGUCCGCCACAGCCACCACGGUUUUGAUAGUGACCACCGUUGUGCCGCCGGUGGUGGUUCCUGUCGCCACCGCCUCAGACAACACACCGGUCAUUGUUGCCGUGGUGAUAAUACUUUUGAUUCUUCUACUGGUCGCAAUCAUUCUCUUGAUUCUAUUCCUCCGAUCCAGAAUCAACCGGUUCUCUCCGCCUCUGUACGACACAUUUGAGGAGGAGAAAAAAGUUCAGCUGACCGCUAUCGACGAAUACAAUCCCCACGAACACUGGAACACUAUCUACUCGCUGAGAGAGAGUCGGUACAUCAUUUCUGGACGCGAUCUUGUUCCGGAUGACGGAUAUCACGGAACCAUUCUGAACGGAAGUAUUCCAGUCAACAUGUCGUCUGCACCCGUCACAUUCCAGCAAGAGUUUCACGAGCUUCCCCACCAGCCUUUGGCGCCUUGGAAUGACGCGGUCCGGAAUAAAAACACCCGAAAGAACCGUUUUCGACACUUAUUACCGUACGACCACACCAGAGUAGUUCUUGAUCCCGAUGAAAACUCCAAUGGAGAUUUUAUUAACGCUAACUUCGUCAAGGGGUACAAUAAGCCUCAUGGGUACAUAGCCGCUCAGAGCCCUUUCGACGAAGAAACGGUGUUAGAUUUUUGGAGAAUGUUGUUUCAGUAUAAUAUCAAAGUGGUUGUCAUGAUCACAAAUGUGGUUGAGGAUAAAAUCGUGAAAUGCUCAAAAUAUUGGCCAGACUCGGAGAUGGGAAAAGUUCAGUAUGGUAGCUUUACUCUCGCGUUGAUUGACGAGAAAGAGUACGCGGACUUUGUUAUAAGAUCAGUAAAGAUCAAAACAAAGCAUGAUGCUCACACAAAAGUCGUCCAUAUUUUCGAUUUUUGCUCCUGGCCAGACCAUGGUGUACCGGAUGACCCCAUUCCUCUGUUAGAGUUCCGCCAUAAAGUGCGCGAGUACCAUGGCAACGAUAAGUCCCCGCUAGUGGUACACUGUGGUACGGGGGUGAGCCGAACGGGGACCUUUAUUGCAAUCGACGCCUUGAUAGAUCAGUACGAAGCAGAGGGUAUCAUAAGUGUAUAUUCUUUUGUGAGAAGAAUGCGAAAGGACAGAAUAGCAAUGGUUCGGACAGUAAAACAGUAUAUAUUUAUAUACGAAGCGAUUUUCGAAGCUCGCGUUGCAGGAGAUACGCGGGCAGGUUCUGACCUGAAGGAAAAAUAUCACACUUUGACUAUGCGCAAUCCAAAAACGAAACACUCUUUUCUCAGAGACCAAUUCAAAUCUUUGCAAUUGUUCACUAGGAAACCAACUAAAAAACAGUGUUCAGUUUCGCAUCUUCCAAUGAACUAUUCCAAGAAUCGUUUUCCGGAUGUUGUUCCCCCGAACGACUACAGACCGAUUUUGAAAACUCCCGGUGGCUUCGAACGUACAGAUUACAUCAAUGCCGUCUUCCUGGAUAGCCAUGAGCUGAACAGCCAUUUCAUAGUGACACAGUCUCCCCUUCACACGACUGUGAUAGAUUUCUGGAAACUUGUGUACGACCACAAGGUGCAGACGAUCGUUAUGAUGGAGGACUUCCAAAGCGAGGACGACACCACAGCCGAGUACUGGCCGGAAGACAAAAUCAAGAAGUUUGAACCGUUCUUCGUGGACAACACAAACAUUUGGCAGCAAGAGAACGUGACGAUACGACACUUCAAGCUCCACAACAUGCUGAGGGUGAAGUCGACCCCGAGGGAGGUCCGCCAGUUUCAGUUCAAUGCAUGGAGCGAGAAUGACUUUGUUCCAAAGUCCAAGACAAUGUUCCUGGACCUCAUUGAUUUGGUCCGGAGUUGGCAGAGACAAUCCAAUGAGAACACGGCGCCCAUUGUGGUGCACUGUAAAGAUGGCGCUACACACAGCGGACUAUUCUGCGCGGUGUGGACGAUAUGUGAAGCCAUGCAAAUGGACCACGACGUAGACGUUUAUCAUAACGUCAAGCACAUGAAGAAGCGCAGGCCGCAGAUAGUGGACACGCUGGACCAGUACAGAUUUUGCUACAAGGUGUUGUGGGAUUACAUGAAUCUGCGCAUGCCUGGUGGAACUCUGACGAAUAUGAUGAACCAUACCAAACAGGACCGGUUAUAUAAUGUCGGAAGCCUAAGUCUCGCCUCCUACACAUCCCAUUUAGAGUACAUGUGAACUAUAUCUACCCCCAGGAUACUAUCCUCACCCCCACCCACUCCACCCUCACCAUUCCCUUCCAAACAAAAUAUCGACACCAUUUUGUAUAUUUAUAUAUAUACGGUAUCACUUUUCUACGUUAAUGGGACUGAAUUGGAAUCAAGGUGCUGAUUAACCUAAUUUUGUAGACGGAACAGUGUGAUAUGUGAAUGUUUAAGUCAAAGACAUUUAACUAAUUUAUACAUACAUGUACUUAAAUUGUUAUCAGAAUUCUACAACAUUGGUAUAUGUAUAAUGCUUUACCGCUUUCUGAUAUAUGCAAAAUUCGGUGACUAGAAAUGUCGAAAUUCGGAGGAAACGUAUGUGAUAUAUGUAAUUAAUUAAGCUUGAAUGCAUAGUUUGUAGAUGUGUUUGAAUUUUUUAAUUUAUUUGAUUGUGAAUGUGGUGUUUUACAGCAUGUAAUGUUAUUAUUUUACAGCAUGUAAUGUAACAGUUUUACAGCAUGUUAUGUUACUGAUAUCUGAUCGACUGUGAUACAUUUUAUAAAAUAGAUUUAAAAA